GGAAUUUCAAGCGCCCGAUGAGUCGACCACGCUCGUCUCUUCCUUAUUCGCUUCAUGCAUCCAUUACUUCUUGCCUUGAGGCCAUAGAACGGGUAUCUGAGCAACAGGGCCCCCUAAUCACGUCAAUGCAAACAGAAUUGGCCGUUUUGGAUCGUUUAUACUGCAAGUUCAAUAAUCAGCACCGUUCGGCCGUCUUCCUGCGCAGGGCCGUCGAAGCACGUCGGAUUCUCAAAAGGAUACAGGAUUCUCGUGGGCUUUUCUCUGCCUACCGUGUGUAUGCGUCUUUUUUCGGGGACUCUAAAAGGUGCCUGCAAUUUGCUUCACCUCGAUCGUGGCCACAUCCGUUAAAAUAGACCAGUAAACAAAGCAUUUCCUGGACACAUCUUCCUCCCAAGCGCCUACUUCCGUCCUCCCUGCACGCCAUUCAUGAAUUAUGCCUGCUCUUGAAUAAGGCCAUGACAGUUUUACGAAGUGCUUAUACGUGCGCAUUUCCUGUCCAAAUAA